CUUUUCGCCUAGACCCUUGCUUUCGCACAUCGGCGGAAAUCUGCGGAAAUCCAUGCGGAAAAGCGCGCGUGCAUGGGCGAAGGGCCUUUUCGCCAUCUCGUUUUCCUUUGCUUUGGAUGCAUGAUCAACGAACCCCAACUUGUCAUAGGGUCUUUGAGUGUACUACGGCGUCCAACAACAAAACAAAGUAGUCCCUAGCCGUCCUGUCGCCCACAUGUCGGCCGACAGCAAGGGCAAGGGCGUGAAGGGAAGGCCAGAAGCCGAGAUCAACGUUUAUUUUGAUAGUGUUGGUCCUACUAGUGGGUCCAGCAACCGCAAGGCGAAGAAGUGCAAGCUGUGCGGCGACAAUUUCCCAGCCAGUCGUUCUGCGGCGCUGAACCUCGAGAAGCACAUCGCGAACGCGUGUCGUCAGGCGCCUUCCGCGGCGAAGGUCCACGCUUAUAAGCUGAUCGCGGAUCGCAACAAGCGCGGCGUGCCUGAUGAUGACGAUGACGCCCAGCGCCGGCGCAGCGACAGUGGCUCCGCUGCUGGGCCUGGGCCGAGCAGCAAGCGGCAAGCGAUCGGGGAGCUCCUGGCAACUGCAACAAGCAAGCAGCAGUCGAGCAUCGACACCUUCGCCUUCAAGCGGGUUCGCCCUGAGGCGUCUCGUUCGUGCGACGCGAAGCUGUUGCGGGCGCUGAUCAUGUCGCACGUGCCGUUCAACAUCGUCGAGAACCCCUACUGGCUGGACUUCCUCAACGACUUCAAGUACACGCCCGCCAGCCGCCGGACCAUCUCUGACGACGUGCUUUGCAGCGAGUAUGCGGGGCUGUGGCUGGAGUUCCAGGAGAAGCUGCUGAAGGAGGAAAUGCUAGGAGUCUGCAUGGACGGCUGGACGACCGUGAGCAAGGACUCCGUCUACGCCGUCACCGUCGUGUGCUGCAGCACUCGCAAGCGGUACCUGUACAAGCUGUACGACUGGUCGGCCGACAGCCACACGGCGGAGUUCUUGGCAGGCAAGCUGGAGGAGAUCAUCGCGGAGCUGGACAGGAGCGCCGUGCUGGAUGAGAACGGCAACGUGGCCAGGGACAAGAACGGCGCGCCAAUCACCACAGCUGCGAAGAAGGUGGCGUGGCUCAUCACGGACAACGCCUCCAACUGCCGUGCCGCCCGCGACCUGAUUGUGGCGCGGCACCCACACAUUUCGGAGAUGCGGUGCCAGAUGCACGGCUUCAACCUGGGCAUGCAGUCGGCCCUGUCCCAUCCCUUCUUCGCCUUGCUGCUUGGCAAGGUGCAGCGGGUGGUGACGCUCUUCCGUGCUUCCCAUCUGCUGCACCGUCUGCUGGCCUUGGAGGCUGUGCAGAUGAACAUCAACACCACCACGGUCAAGACCUCCAACAAGACGCGCUUCACCUCCAUCGUCAUCUGCCUGCGGUCGGUGCGCGACCUGUGGCCUGCUCUGCGGGCGGUGCUGUUCAAGCACAAGAACCUGCUGAAGAAGAGCGCCGGCGGCAAGGUGGUGAUCAAGAUCCUGUCGGAAGAGAAGCUCGAGGAGGACAUCGCAUUCACCUGCGAGAUGCUGGAGCCGUGGGAGCAGGUGAUCAUGGCCAUCCAGGCGGAUGAUUCUGCCGCAGGGGACGUGACGCGGUACUGGGCGUACCUCGCAGCGCAGCUGGGCCGCAUAACUCUCAAGUUCGAGCGGGAGGUCGCGCUGCACCUGAUCUCGGCGUUCAACGCACGGGUCAAGGAGCUGAACCUGCCACUCAGCCGCCUUGCCCUGUUCCUGGACCCGCGCUACAAGGGCCACGCCAACUACCAGCACUCGCAUGCUGACACCAAGACGCUCAAAGAGCAGGCGUGUUUGGUGGCUACCCGUGCCAUGAAGGCGCUUGGCAAGGCCGACGCGGAGAUCAAGGAGGUGCUGGUGAAGCUGGACAUCGAGAUGGACGAGUACGCCACGGCUGCUGCCUACCGCACUCGGCCCGUCGACAACAGUCUGCGAGCGGCCGUGCUGUGGUGGGAGACGAAGCCCGCCACCUACGUCCAGGCCAUCGCGCUCCUCCUGCUGGGUGUGCCGCCGACAGCCGCGUUUGUGGAGCGCGUUUUCAGCGAGCUGGGCAACAUCCACACGGACGGGCGCAACCGCUUGGCCAUCGACAAGCUGGACAUGAUGGCCUUCGUGCGGACGUACCUGAAGCAGGAGCAGCCGAACGGGCCGCAGCUUGCGCAGGAGAAGCUGGAGACCCGGCGCCUGCAGUACAGCAGGGAGCGGCCGGCUGCAGCUGCAGCUGCUGCAGAGCUGGCCGCUGCCACACCGCCCGCUUCUGUGGCCGCUUCUGUGGCCGCCUCUGCGGCCUCGCCGGUGCUGCCGCCACAACAGGAAGCCGCAGGCCCCUCUACACGCCCGCCGCUGGCGCCGCGCCCCUCACCAGCUACGCCCAUCACCAGCAGCCCGGUGGCAUCAGCUGAGGCGGGCGAUGGUGCUGCAUGCGAGGAGGCUGAGGACAUGUUCACUGCCGAGGAGCUUGAGGCGUUCCUAACGAUGAAGUACCAGGAGGAGGCGUCAGAGCUGCAACAAGACAUGCAGCAGCUUGGCUCCAUUGUGAACGCCAUCGCACCGCUCCCAGCCCAGCCGCCGCAACAGGCGCCGCCGCCGCCGCCGCAGCAGCAGCAGCAGCAGCAGCAGCAGCUGCCGUACAGCGGCGCGGCAGGCGUGCAGGUGCAGCAGGACCCGGCCCAGGAGGAGGCUUUCCGGAGGGUUGAGGUCGAGGGCCUGCGGCGAGCAAUCAACGCCGCGCUCACCCAGUCGUUCGGCUGGUUCAAUUUCGACCAGGACCCGCUGCAGCCCAACUACGGGGCGGCUCCGCUGGCCCGGGGCUUCGGUGCAUUCAAGCGUUGAGGGGCGCUGGAUACGUCCGGGUAGACCGAGUCGUUAGCAGGGUUGGAUGUUGGGGGAUUAGGGGGUAGGGGUUACGGGGAAGGACGCGUUGGGGGUUUGCGGGGAGGGGCAGAUGGAUUGGGAGGGCGGAAAGACAGACAUGUCAGCAAACAGGCGAGUUAGAUGUAGCACAGGACCGUUGUAGUGACCGCCCGGGGGGGGGGGGGGGCGGGGUUGCAGAUACCAGCCCAAACUAAGCGGGGGGUGGGGGUGGGCACAAGGGGAGGAGCCUGCAGUGUUGCCUCCAGUGUUGCCGUGUCUCUUGGUGCGUGUAGAGUAACGGUAGUGUCUGGUACAUGCAUACGGUGUGUUGGUAGCCAAGAUGUGACAAAGCUAAUUAGUGAUGGAGAGUGGGUGCGGUGCGGUGGUACAGGUCAAAGCGGCAGGUUGGUGAAGGUAAAUAGUGUGCAGCUUAGACCCGAUUUGCAAGACAUGAGCGCGCGGCUGUGAAUACACUGGAGUUACUGUACCGCGACGUUGUUGAUCCAUUGCCAGGCUGCAAUGUAUCCAGAGAGAGGUAUCCGGAGAACUGAACAUGUGAGUGCCGUGUGAUUGAGCUGCACGCCUUCCCUCGAGGACUCAGACAGCGCUACGGGCGAAGGUGCAUGUCAAGGGUGCAUGCGCACCUUGCAGACACUGGGCGCCCUGCAGACGCAGCCGGACACGCAAAGCAGGGUAGUGAAGCACGCGGCACGUUGAAGCCAGUAGGCAAGCACAUGUCUGCGCCCAGCGAAACGUU